GUGCUUUGGAUUUUAACAUGACAGAUUUUCUAGCCUUGAAAUUUAUCGUUUUUAACUCUUAAUUACUGCUUCCGCAAAGCGUAAUAACAAUUUCCAUCUUUCAAAUCUUAUGUUUAGCACGAAAUUGAGCGUAUUUUCGCAAAAUUUCAGGAGUAAAUGAUCAUGUAUUAUCUCAGUGUUAUGCGGCUUAGGCAGUCUAUAACGUUAAACAAAUGUCUGAUGGAACAAUGUUGGAGACAGUAUUUGUGCCCGACCAGACUCUAUGUCACAGGAAGAAACAAUCACAAAAAUGGCGUUAAUUAUAAUAAUACAAAACAGCAAUUGUCGCGAAGAAAAGCAUUACGAAUGCGAAUACUGCAAGAUUUCAAGCAUACAAAGAGAAAAGUAGAAGAGAUUAUCGAAAGAGAAAAUAUCUGGACUGUUCCCAAUGUACUUUGUAUAGGUCGUAUUGUGACUUCGCCAUUUUUAAGCUAUUUGAUUUUGUCACACGAUUAUCAGAUAGCGCUAUGGCUACUUGCUUUCGCAGGACUGAGUGAUCUGGCAGAUGGAUGGAUCGCACGUACAUGGACAUCACAAGCAUCUAAACUUGGAAGUUUUUUGGAUCCUGUCGCAGACAAGUUACUAGUAGGAACACUGUUUCUCUCCCUAGCUUGGGUUGGUUUGAUACCGGUUCCUCUCACUUGUCUUGUUAUUGUACGUGAUAUUGUUCUAGUAGGAGCUGCAUCUUAUAUCAGAUAUCGUUCCUUACCUCCGCCGAAAACCUUGGCGAGAUACUUUGAUCCCACACACGCUACUGUCCAAUUAGCGCCAACUUUAGCGAGCAAACUGAACACUGGAGUGCAGUUAUCUGUAGUCGCUGGAACACUAGCCGCUCCGGUUUUUCACUUUGUAGAUCAUCCCUUGUUGCAAUUUCUCUAUUAUUUCACUGCAUUUACAACAAUCGCGGGAGGUGUCAGUUACUUGUUGUCAAAGGAUACAUACAAAUUAUUGAGGAAAAAGAAUUCAACACAAGUAUCCCCUUAGCUUGAACAUUUAUUUGCACACAACAUUUGUGUGUGUGUGUGUGUAUGUGUGUAUAUAUAUAUAUAUAUAUGUAUAUUUGAUAAAUGCAUGUAUUUGAUGUAUUAUAAUGCAUAAAUUUUUAACUACAGAUUAUGAAUAAUUCACAUUGUUUUUGUACUAUUGCUGUUAUAA